AUGAAAUCAGGAAAUGAGCUUCCAGUAGAGUUCCUCCAAACUUUGUUGAAGAUGGUGCCAACGGUAGAUGAAGAACUGAAGCUCAGGCUAUUCACUGGUGAUAUUUCCCAACUUGGACCCGCAGAACGGUUCCUAAAAAUGUUGAUUGAUAUCCCUCUUGCUUUUAAACGCAUAGAGGCUUUGGUUUUCAUGAGUUCACUGGAAGAGGAAGUCUCAAUUGUUAAAGAGUCUCUUGCAACUCUAGAGGUAGCUAGCAAGGAACUUAGAAGCAGCCGGCUAUUCCUGAAACUCCUAGAGGCUGUCCUAAAAACUGGCAAUCGCAUGAAUGAUGGUACCUUCCGUGGUGGAGCACAGGCAUUUAAGCUUGACACACUCUUGAAACUGGCUGAUGUCAAAGGAAUUGAUGGCAAGACCACACUCUUGCAUUUUGUUGUGCAGGAGAUUAUCCGCUCUGAAGGUAUACGGGCUGUCCGUGUGGCCCAAAACUGCCAGAGCAUGUCCAGUGUGAAAUCAGAUGACCUUGUGGAUUGUACCCAGGAAACGGAAGAUCAUUAUCGCAGUCUUGGUCUCCAGGUUGUUUCAAGUUUGAGUGGUGAGCUGGAAAAUGUCAGGAAGGCAGCGGGAUUAGAUGCUGAUGCCGUAACUGGAACACUGGCCAAAUUUGGCCACUCAUUGGUGAGGACAAAGGAUUUUCUGCACAACGAAAUGAAGAGUGCAGAGGAGGACUCUGGGUUCCACAGCAGACUCAAGAGUUUUGUAGAACAUUCAGAAAUUGACAUAACUUGGCUGCGAGAGGAAGAGAAGAGGAUCAUGUCUCUUGUAAAGAGCACAGCAGACUACUUCCAUGGGGAUGCAGCGAAGGAUGAGGGCUUGCGUUUGUUUGUGAUUGUUCGGGAUUUCCUGAUAAUGUUGGAUAAAUCCUGCAGAGAAGUGAGAGAAGCACAAAAGAAGCGAACAAAAAUGCCAAAAAACAAGGAAAGUCCGGCUUUGCAGUCUUCUGCAGAUUCCCAUCAUCCACUGUCUCCAGACAUACGUCAGAAGCUUUUUCCUGCAAUCAAGGACCAGCGUAUGGAUAUAUUUAGUUCAGACGACGAGAGCAUGUCUCCUUAGUUUUUUCAUUGGAGGCUCUGAAAGCAAAGUGAAAGUUCUACCAGAUGCUGCACUAGUCUUGUGCCCAUUUCGAAUUCUGGCCUACAGAAAUUUGUGAAGCUCUGAGUUUUGUCCAUUGAUUUUUUAUUUUUUGUAGCUGAUGACAAUUAACUCUCUCAAAGAUCAGUCUGACAAUAACUAGCAAUGGCAUCUAUGACCUCAGACAUUUGAAGGUUGGUGAAGCAACCAGUACAUAUGCACCCACUUCAAACUAACAUUGCAGUAGUCAUCACUGUCACUGUCACUGUCGGACAAAGUAUAUGUAUUCUCAAAAAAGGCUUUUGGUCCAUGUUUUAUUAGGCCUUUGUGGGGUUCCAACUUGUCAAUGAAAAUUUAGAGGUAAUGAUUUGCCUCUUUCUUUUA